UAUGGCAGAAGAUAAUUUAGACUAUUCUUCGGAACAUUCUAAAGUUCAUUUUACGGAGGAUUCAGGGAGCAAGACGCAUGAACCUGAGAUACGCGUACAAUGUUUAGAAGAUCACGCAGAUAUUCACUUAGGAUGGUUGCAGAUGAAACACAUUUACCGUGUUAACUUCGAUAUUGACACGGAUCUCUGCGAAGAUAUUGACUCAGAUCCAUUAGAGAACCUACAUGCGAAAGUUAUCAGUGUUAAAUGGAAAGAUGGUAAACAUUCCGUAGAAUUGGAUUUGGAGCCUCAUAAAGAAAAAUUGAUCAAAGAGAAGUUAACUCUCUACGAGAGAAAGGCAAAGUCAGCUAAAAAAUUCGAACUUAUACUUCAUGCCCGGGUUUUGGGAGUUGGAAAAGGUACACCAUCGCUGAAGAAAGGUAUCAAGAUCAUAAAAUCAAUGCGUGAUGAAGAGUCCGAUCAAAGCGAUUGGCAAGGUUUUUAA